GGAGUUGCAGACUCUCCAUCCUCAGUGUCAGCAGUGCAGCAGGCUCCCUCGGGCUCCUGAAAGCAUGGCAGUGAAGUUCGGGGCCCUCCUGCUGGCCCUCGCACUGGGCCUGGUCCAGCUGGCCUGUGCCCGCCGCAAGGUGCUGCUGCUUCUGCUCGACGGCUUCCGCUCCGACUACAUCAGUGAUGAGGCCCUGGAGUCGCUGCCCGGUUUCACAGAGAUUGUGAGCAGGGGAGUGAAAGUGGAUUAUCUGACCCCAGAUUUCCCCAGUCUCUCAUAUCCCAAUUACUACACCCUCAUGACAGGCCGUCAUUGUGAGGUGCACCAGAUGGUCGGGAACCACAUGUGGGACGCCAGUACCAACACGUCCUUUGAGAUCGGUGUCAACAGGGAGAGUCUGAUGCCUCUCUGGUGGAACGGGUCAGAGCCUCUGUGGGUCACUCUGACCAAGGCCAAGAGGAAGGUCUACAUGUACUACUGGCCAGGCUGCGAGGUUGAGAUUCUUGGUGUCAGACCUACUUACUGCCUAGAAUAUAAAAAUGUCCCAACGGAUAUCAAUUUUGCCAAUGCUGUCAGUGAUGCUCUUGACUCGUUCAAGAGUGGCCGCGCUGACCUGGCAGCCAUAUACCAUGAGCGCAUCGAUGUGGAAGGCCACCACUAUGGCCCUUCAUCUCCUCAGAGAGAGGACGCCCUCAAGGCUGUGGACACAGUCCUGAAGUACAUGACCACGUGGAUCCAGGACCGGGGCCUGCAGGACAACCUGAAUGUCCUCAUUUUCUCAGACCAUGGAAUGACGGACAUCUUCUGGAUGGAUAAAGUGAUUGAGCUGAACAAGUACAUCAACCUUGACGACCUGCAGCAAGUGAAGGACCGCGGGCCUGUCGUGAGCCUCUGGCCGGCCCCUGGGAGACACUCUGAGGUAUAUAACAAGCUGAGCGCUGUGGGACACAUGACUGUGUACGAGAAGGAAGCCAUACCAAGCAGGUUCCACUAUAAGAAAGGGAAAUUUGUCUCUCCUUUGACGUUGGUGGCUGACGAAGGCUGGUUCAUAGCUGAGGCUCGGGAGACGCUUCCGUUUUGGAUGAACAGCACUGGUAAGCAGGAAGGCUGGCAGCGCGGGUGGCACGGGUAUGACAACGAGCUCAUGGACAUGCGUGGCAUCUUCCUGGCCUUCGGACCCGAUUUCAAGUCCAACUUCAGAGCCGCUCCGAUCAGAUCAGUGGAUGUCUACAAUGUCAUGUGCCAUGUGGCAGGCAUCGCCCCCCUACCCAACAAUGGGUCCUGGUCCCGCGUGCUGUGCAUGCUGAAGGGCCCGGCCAGCGCCGCCCAGCCAGGCCCGCCGAGCAGCUGCGUCCUGGCCCUGAUUCUGCUCCUACUGUUUGCAUAACUGAGCGCUGCUUGUCCCAAAACACUGUCAGAAAGUCUGCCUCCAAAGUGGAAUGAUUUUCAUUUUCUGUGUAAAUAAUAGCUUAAUUAACACAAUCAAGGCCAUAAAAAUCGUAAAUUUAUUAUUUUUGGAUGAUUCCAUACAUGAAAGCUCCUACUUCUUUAAAAAAAAAAACUUUGUUUUUCCCAAAGGGAGGAAAAAUCCUAGCCUUUCAUUUGUUCAGCUAAUUUUUCCCUUUCUUUUCAUAUAGUUACUCAGGAUGAACUAUCUGAGCAGAGGCCUGCUCCUGCAGCAGCCUCUCUGAGAGGACACUGCAUGGUCAUUCCGGGCCCCUCUCCGUCCUGCCUUGUACAAAGUGGCCCUCAGGCCUCAUGUCUGUUCCCUGGCCACUCUCAAGAGCUGUCCUCAGGGUCUGUUGCCAUAAUCUUGGACUAUGAGAGCAAAAGUUACUGUUUGUUUCUGACCCAGAUUGUGGAAUUUUUUCAUUGCAUACAAAGUCCCAGAAAGGAUGUUAUCUUAGCAUGAAUCACCCCCAAUCAAACAAAAAAAAUUACUAAUCAUUGAAGAAUUCAUAAAACAAGGAGAACGAAAGAUGUGGGUCCCCCUCCCUAAGUCUGAGUGUACAGAAGCCUCCAAUAGAUAUGGCCUUCACCUUGCACAGUACACCAUGGUCCAAAGCAUGCUGACAGAUGGAUAGGUUGUCUGCCCGCCCACCCAUCUGCCUGUGUGGUGUGUCCCCAGACAGUGCCACACUUUGGCUCUGGAGUCAGGGACAUCUGAUGCGUCAUUACAGGCCCAGAAGGGGGUGUUUCACUGAUGAGAACAUGGAUGUGGCAGCAGGCUCUCAGGUCCUUGCUUGGAACAGUGAUGUAUUAAACACAGGUUUUACACACCGUAGUCCUGAAGCAAGGCUUGCUGAACUACGGCUGAGAGAGUCUUAAAAGUGACACAGAAUGCCUAAAGAAUGGUGGUGGGUGGGGAAUGGGAACCGGGUCCUGGUUCUAACUAACCAGGCAUUUUUGAUGAUCGGGAAAAAAGUUUGGUCACAAUGCCACCUCAGAGACCUAAGUUCUUUAGAAACCCUUGAGGAGAACCACUGAGCCUGAGUUGGAAUAGUUGAGUUUAGUCACCUAAGUCUGCUGUGAGAGGACUCGUACAACAAGGGACAACUGUAUUUCCAGGUGACAAGCCAUCGCUAUAGGGUGUCCAUAAAGUUCGUGUGCAAUUUACUACCUUAACCUAUUUUAAAUGCACGUGGACUUUAUGGACACCCGGUAUACAUGUUUCCUGCUGUUGCCCUGAAGACACAUCUGCCCUACACAGGGCACAGCCCCAAGUGAGAUUUUUUGUAAGGAAAAGGCAAUACCCCAGGUCUCCCCAGAUGACGAAGGCUUUAUGUGGUGUUUUCCCUUGAAAAUGAUUCAGCAACGUCUUGAAUGGUGACAACAAAGGAUCACUGCUUACCAAUACUGCAUUUACCUGCACAAAGGAGUUCUAAGGAUUUAUGUAAUGUGUUUUUAAAGCUCCAGCAAAGCAUCGAAUCAGUUGGAAAGAAGGCAAAUCGGCCUUUGUUAUCUGGCUGAAAGCAAAUCAGCACCUUCAAAACCUGGGCAGUAGUUGUUGAAAAAGACGUCUAUUGUUCAAAGUUUCUUUUUCCUUAAAGGAUAGUGUCCCAGUAAGUCUGGUGGGGCGCUAACUCUUGAUUUUUCUCUUUCUCUCUCUCUCUUUCUUUUUUAUUUUUUUUUUUGAUUCAGAGUCUCAUUCUGUCAUCCUGGAUAGAGUGCCGAGGCACCAUAGCUCACAGCAACCUCAAAUUCUUGGGCUCUAGUGAUCCUCUUGCCUCAGUCUCCCAAGUAGCUGGGACUAUAGGUGCCCACCACCAUGCCUGGCUAGUUUUUCUAUUUUUAGUAGAGACAGAGGUCUCACUCUUGAUCAGGCUAGUCUUGAAAUCCUGAGCUCAAGUGAUCCUGCCUCGGCCUGGGAGUAAAGGAGCCACCCAGUCUAGCUUUUCUCGCUUUUCUUUCUUUUCUUUCUUUCUUUUUUGAGAUAGGGUCUCACUAUGUCACUGUCAGUACCGUGCUGUGGCAUCACAGCUCACAGCAACCUCAAACUAUUGGGUGUAAAUGAUUCUCUUGCCUCAGCCUCCCAAGUAGCUGGGACUACAGGUGCCCACCAUCUUUCUUUCUUUUUAAAGACUCACUCUGUCACCCAAGCUAGAGAGCAGAGGCAUGAUCACAGAUCACUACAGCCCUAAACUGCUGGGCUCAAGUGAUCCUCCCACCUCAGCCUACUGAAUGGCUGGGACUAUGGGCACAUGCCACCAUAUUUUUUUGUAGAGAUGAGGUCUUGCUAUGUUUCCCAGGCUGGUCUCAAACGCCUAACCUCAAGCAAUCUUCCUGCCUCGGCUUCCCAAGGUGUCAGGAUUACAGGUGGGAAUCACCUUGCCCAGACUUGCACAGUUUUGCAUUUGAUUUUUCUGCUCUGCCAUUUUCCUCCUUCACUCCUAGAAAAUCUGCAAGUUACAUAAUAAAAUUUUACAUUUUUUUGGAAAAAGUAUCAGUCAAUAAAUGAUGCUGAAAAAGCGAAUAAGAAUUAGGUAUAAAAGGAAUCAUGAAUACUGGUAAAUAAUAAAGAAAAUUCAGACAUUGAGUGGAAACAAAACCUUUUUGCCUUAAAUAAUUCAUACAUGUGAAUGGCUUGAUUAUUUGGUUAAAAUUUAUUCCUUUUUAUUUUUGUUUUAAAGUUAAAUUGUUCUCCUUAAGAAAAUUCUAUUUUCUCUAAAUGUGUUUCGUUCUGCAGGAGCAAAAUUUGCUAGGAAUAUGCGUAUUUAUAGACACCUUUCCUCCUGGAUUAUUUUACAACUUCCCUGCUAAUUCCAGGAGGAAAAUAAUUGGGUUGACCAACCAAAGAUAAAAGAAAAGAAUGAUCUUUAAAUUAAGGAUGAGCUGAACAGAUGCCUUUCCUGCCUGUGUGCCUAAUCUCCACAAACUAAUCCAAUUAAGUUCUGGAGAAGUGAGCCUAAACCAGAAUAGGCUCAGGGAAUUCUUCUGAACCCACAAGAGUCUUGAAUUAUAAAGUCCCAGUUCUCUGUAUCGUUAAAGGGACCUUGGAAAUCCACUUCAGAUCUUAGUUUAGUCAUAGAGGAUAGUUUGCAAACUUUCUGGGCUUUUAAGCAUUGUCCAAUUCACCUCCUGGGAUAUAGGUCAGAGGAUCUGGGAUGAGACAACACUUCUAAGUCAUACUAAUCUGAGAUUUGGGUUUGCUUCAAGGAGAGGUGGGUUCUGACUCCAUCCUGGUAGGCCUGAGUUUCCUGAGAGGUAUCUCAUGAUCAGCCAGUUUCUCCAAAGGCUGUUUCUCCAGGGAUCCUCAAACUACGGCCCGCGGGCCACAUGAGGUGGUGUGAUUGUAUUUUUUCCCGUUUUGUUUUUUGACUUCAAAAUAAGAUAUGUGCAGUGUGCAUAGGAAUUUGUUCAUAGUUUUUUUUUUUUUUUUAAAACUAUAGUCCGGCCUUCCAAUGGUCUGAGGGACAGUGAACUGGCCCCUGUUUAAAAAAUUUGAGGACCUCUGCUUAGCUGCUGACCUCAGCUAGGUGGAGCUUCCAGCCUUCCUAAACCAAAGUACGUCGGCAAAGACCCCCUGGAGGAAUCCAAAAGAGGCAACCUUGGCUUCUCUAUGCCUCACUCUUGCUGUCCGACAAACUCAGACAUUGUUCAAGACACACAGCUACUGUACGAAUUUUCUAAGACAGUGUUUUGCAUUUCUGUAAAUAUCAAGAGAUUCCAAAUAACUGUGUGUUUUAUCUUUGUAAGCAAUUUAGGGGCGGCACCUAUGGCUCAGUGGGUAGGGUGCUGGCCCCAUAUACCGAGGGUGGUGGGUUUGAGCCCAGCCCUGACCAAACUGCAACAAAAAAAUAGCCGGGCAUUGUGGCAGGCGCCUGUGGUCCUGGCUGCUCGGGAGGCUGAGGCAAGAGUAUCGCCUAAGCCCAGGAGUCGGAGAUUGCUGUGAGCUGUGACGCCAUAGCACUCUACCGAGGGCAAUGAAGUGAAACUCUAUCUCUAAAAAAGAAAACAAAAAAAAAAAAUUGCAAGCAAUUUAUGGUAGACCAAAGUCAGCUACUGUAAACUAAUCGUAGAAGAAAUUAGGAGGGGGUAACUUUGACAGAUUGGUUAUGAAAUAUUUGAAACCUGGUCUUAGGUUUGUGCUAAGGAACCUGUACUCAAGCUGCUUUGAAAUCAUUAAAAUAGCACCUAGCACACAGUACCUCAAAUGUUUAAUAAAUGUCCUAUUAAUAUGUGUUAAAAUGAAAAAAAAAAAGAACAAAUGUCAUUAAGGAGAGUUGCUUAAAUCUCAGAUAUUCUCUCUCUGUGUCUGUAGUUUCUCAAAUUAAAUGAACUUUCCACUCUAGGCUUGCUACCUUCUCUUAUUACCCCACUGACAAGAUAAUUACAGUUUACUUCAUGGACGAACCAUACUGUGUAUUCUAUCCUAGGCUUAUAAAUUAGACAUGGGAAAGAAAGGAAGAAAAAAGAAAAAAAAAGGAAGGAAACAAGGAAAAAGGGAAGGAAGGAGAGAGAUUAGAUUUUAAAUAUAUUAUUCUUAUUAAGUUUUUAAACUAUAAUAGCUUUGUUGAAAUUGAAUUCACAUACCAUACAAUUCAUCUAUUUAAAGUGUACAAUUCAAUAGCUUUUCGUAUAUUCGUAGAGUUAGGCAACCAUCACAUAAUCAAUUUUAGAACAUUUUUCAUCCCAAAAAGAAACCCCAUACCCAUUAGUACACUAGUGGUCAUGCCUUGCUUCCUUCUACCCCCACCCCCAGGUAAC